CGAGUCUUGUGACAGUACAGCGCGAGCACGAGCACGAGCACGACAAACAGUCGUGUUGAGUUUGAUAAGGAGUUUCACUCGUCAACUAAUGCAGAUUUCUCUCUUACAAACGAGAGAAAUCGAGUAAAAGUCGCGAUGGCGCAUCUUUAGAACAUACAAGCGUGUUAACAACCGUUUCUUUCUCUAACACGCAUGAGCUGGAGUUGUCGCAUGGAGAGCGCGCAGCAGAACUUUGUAUUGGUUUGUAUUUGAACUCCAGUGAUCGUCCACGCCACAGAAGCUCGACAGGAUUCCAGGUCCGUCUGGUGAACAGGACGCCGCGGAUCAGACAGUAUGGAUAGUAAACCUCUCCUCCAGGACAGACCUCCAGCGUACAACGCAGUCCCGGGCGCGUAUGACUACGGCUCGAUCCCCGCGGCCGCUCCACCCGCGGCGGGCUUCCAACCUCCAGCACCGCCGCCGUAUCAAGGUUAUCCAGCGGCCUCGUCCGGUUAUCCAGCGGCCACAUCCGGUUAUCCUACGGCCCAGCCAGCCUACAGCAGCACCUACACCAUUGUCCAGCCCUCUGUGGUGGUGGUUGGAGGAUGUCCGGCCUGCAGGGUUGGCGUGCUGGAGGAUGAUUUCACUUGUCUGGGAAUCAUGUGUGCCAUAUUCUUCUUUCCUCUGGGAAUUCUCUUCUGCCUGGCCCUGCGUCAGAGGAGAUGUCCAAACUGUGGAGCCACAUUCGGCUAGAGGGACCAAACCCUGUCACUGUCUUUUUAAUUUGUUUUGUAAUCACCGCACAUACUAUAGUAAUUGAGAGAUCACAAUAGUAAACAGCCAUAAACUUUUUUGCUUUCUUCAAGAAGGUGGUGCAUAUGACGAACUGUCCAUGUUUUUAGUUUUCACAUGCCUUGCAAGCACUAUUUGCUGAUUUUUUUUUUUGUUUCCCCCCUGCUUUAUGUAAAAUCUUAAAGCCAGUCCUCCAGUCAUCUAAUCACUAGUGCCUUUACGAUGGCAGAGAGAAACCAUAAACUGAAUGAGCCUGGACUCACUGGGGGUAAUUCGCAGGCAGACAAGCGCUGACUCCGAGUAACAUUGUGUCUAUUGCAUAUGAGAAACUUUGAGGCAGACGAUUUCCUUCCUUGAUUUUGAAUUCCAUCAAAGAAUGUUUAAUAACAUUUAAAUGGAGAUUUUAGUUGUAUUGGGAUAGAAAUUUGCAUGACCACUUACAACCCCCCCCCCCCCCUUUCUCUGUAUGUAGACUACAACAGUUUCUAGCCAUCUGUCAAUCACGUCUUAGUUCUGACAAGAUCAAAACACUUGUACCACAUUUGUCUUACAAGCUUAGUCUUUUUCUUGUGUGUUAUUUCAAUACACGCUGAGUUUCUGAAUUUGUUUUUAGACAUUUUCUUUAAAUGACAUGUUAUUUCGGGGCCAUGUUUUCCUUUUAUUGCACUGAUGAUCGAUUUUUUUAUCUGCUGGGCUCUUCUGAAAUCAUCUUUGAGUGGGUAAAUGUGCAUUUAUGUUUCACUCAAGGUCCUCAGCUAUCUCCGAGUUAAAAUGAAUCCUGCAAUAAUCAAGGGAAGUUGGCACCUAGAAAAUGCCACCAAUGGAGUUACUCUUUGACAAUGGAAUUGACAAUCAGUCUUGGGUGUGUCCAGCGUGAUUUGAGUCAUACUGUCUUUGCCACAUUCAUUUUAUAAUGGAAAUGUUUUAGGUGUGCUAUACAAUACUACGCACACUAUUAUGAUCGUUUAUAACUUUUUUAAAGAGAUUGUAAAUAAAUUCUACAAGUGUUA